AUGACCGAGCAGCGGCCGCCGGGCCCACUCUAUUUCCCGCAGUUCCACGACCGCACUGAGCCCGUCCGGCCCCCGACCGACGGCGGCGGCCCGCGAACUUCUGUCGCGGCCACGGGCGCGCAGCGGCAGCCCCCGCCGGCCGCCGCCGGGACUCCCCGCUGGGUCGCGGCACUGGCGCCCAUCGCCUACGAGCCACUACGGUUCUUCUGCCCGGCGGCGGCCGCGGAGGAGGGCGGGAGGGGGUCCGCCGCGCGGCGGCCCGGCGAGCAGGAGUGGCUGGAGGACGAGAUCAGCGAGCUGGGUAUCCGCCUCAAGGAGCUGGAGCUGCUGGCUCUUGUCGGCGAGGGCUUCGACGCCCAGCAAUAUAAACUUCUGAAGGCACGGAGAGAAGAAAAGAUAGAAGGCAUGAAAGCAAAGCAGAAGCUGAAGAAAUAGCCACCACCAUGA